UGGUCGCUUGGAGAUUUUUUUAUUUUUGUAAUCCUCUAGUCUUUAUUCAGGUAGACGUAAGUAGUGCGGUGUUUUCUCGUAUCAAUGGGGCUAGAAUCAUUCAAAGUAGUUUUUGAUAGCCCGACUAGUGCCUACUAUGCAGGGCAAGCAGUGUCUGGAAAAAUAGUUUUGAGCUUGAAUAAGUCGAAGAAAGUCAGGGCACUGAAGGUUAGCUUUAUUGGAAAAGCAGAAACUAGAUUUCAACAUGAGAAAACAGAAACUCAGCCCAAUGGAGAGUCCAGAAAUUUCAUGGAUGAUGUCACCGGGGAGGAAAUGUUCUUUGAGUAUCAUUAUAACAUCUUGGGUGGCAGUGGUGAGGUGGAGAUUUCUAGUGGAGAGCAUACUUAUCCUUUCAAUGCUUCGCUUCCUACCACAGCCCCUUCGUCAUUUGAGGGUGAAAAUGGGUUCAUUCGAUAUAAAGUGAGAGCAACCCUUGAUCGCCCUUGGAAAUUUGAUGAGCAUGCCGAGGGCUCUUUUGGAGUUGUCACUCCUUUAGAUCUGAACUUCUAUGAACAAGCAAAAGCACCGGUAAAAAAGGAAGAAAACAAAUAUUUUUGUUGCUUAUGCUGUAAAUCUGGUCCCCUCACUACUGUGCUUUCUUUACCAUACACAGGAUUUGUCUCUGGUGGAUCUCUUCCAUUCACCAUAGAAGUUGAUAACGCUAGUAACGUUGAAGUAACAGGAGUUACAGUUGACUUGUUGAAGACUAUUACCUACAAAGCCAGAGGUUCCCAAAGUGCAGAGAUUUCCAGCAACACGAGCAUUGUUAAAGUUGACUUUGAAGCAGUGGGUGCUAAUAACUCUAAGACAUGGACGCACACUCUCACUGUUCCGCAGAUGCCCUUCCACAAUCUCACAACUUGUUCCAUCAUAAUCAUAAAUUAUGUCUUAAAAGUUGUGACAGUAGUUAGUGGAGCCCAUUUAAAUUUGGAAAUGGAGGUGCCCAUGACUUUUGGAUCCACGCCGAUUCUUGCUUUCCCCUCAGCUGCUGCUAGCCUGGAAAAAGGAACACCGGACAUUUCAACCAUUGGAUUUUCUGUUGACCCAGUAGCUCCGUCCGCUCCUCCCAGCCAUAUCUAUCCAACUAUCAGUCCUGAAUGAUCGUAAGCACAUAUUACUUGCAGGAGAGAAAUUGGCCCGCGUUAAACAAAAAGGAACCAAGCCACAUCAGCUGUUGCCAAAUUUAAUUGGGCAAUUUAAGUUUUUACAUAAAAACGGUUCUGCGAAUUUUCAUGCAAAUUGCAGUGAAAAUUCUCCACGGUUUAAAGCAAAUUCCUUAAACAUUUCAAAGGAAUCCGCACAAAGGAAUCUCUCGUAAAAAAUUCUAUUGCCCAGUUAAAUUUGGCAAUAGCUGAUGUGGCUUGGUUCCUUUCUGUGAAACUCGAUCCAAUUCUGACUGCAACGUAAAAACUGGCUUCACGCCGUUUGCUUUGCCUUCAAAUAUAUUCUCUUUAGUUGCUAAGUUUUAAAUUUUCAACGAGCUCUUCUUCUACUCACGUAUUUACUUGGCAAUUUUAACACAGAUUUCCUUAUUCUUUAGAGUAAAUGUAAGUGCAAUUUUUUCCUAUGUUUUUUCUUUUUUAAAAGGAUUCUGUACACUCAAUAUGGGAUUUUGUCCCUUAAUCAAUUCCCAAUUUUUUCAUCACAUUGCAUUCAUAGCUUAACCCUGAUGGAAAGUUAAAAUUGUGCAAAAUUUCUACAAGUAUGUUUUUGUGGAAAUUGCAGUUUCAGUUUCGAUCAUUUGCCCAGUGUGAAUGAUAAUGAAGCAGGUAAGGCAUGAAACGGUCUAAGAGGUCGGUAGCCACUACCGCUAAUUAACUAACUUGCCUCUAGCCUUUAACUUCAAAAGUUGCAGAAAAGAAAAUAAGAAGUGCAAUCCUCUGAACGCUCACGAUUUUAGUAUGUUACAAUUCAAGUCAUGCAAUGUAAAAACUUUAUUUAAAAACUUCCAUUUGAAAAAUUUAUUUUUACAAACAUAUUUAUAAUUCUCGAAUGUUACCAUGCGAUGACAUACUCAAAAUUGGCUAUCUCAAGUACCUCUAGUUAAGCUGAAAUUUGACCCAUAUUGUGCCAAGUUCUUCAAAAGAACCAUUAUUUUUUUCCGUUACCAAAAUUGUUUUUCCUAUUUGUUGCUAUAAUGUAUAAGAGGUUGUUUGAGUAUUGCUGAAGCUACUUUGGAGAGAAUCUCAGCUUGUUUUGCAAGGGGCGAGGAGAAGGGGGGUUGAGCCCAGUCUUACUCAAGCCUCCCCUCUUUUUUUAUUAAAAUAUUUUCUAAUAGAAAUAUUUUUUAGCUAUUUUUCAGGCUUUAUCUGUUAUUUUCUGGAAAAAAGAGAGACAGUCAAGACUAGACUUUUGUAUUUCAUACAGAGGGGUGAGAGCUUGUCUUGUGAAUGCAUUACUAUAGGAGGGAGGGGUCUGAAAGUCAGCCAAAAUUGCUCAUGUAAUACUUGAACUGUUGUCUUUUUUCGAUUUUUCCAAGUUUAAACUACUUAGUUACUGUGCCAAAAAUUGUAUUACAAGAAUCUAAGUGUGGUUGUGUGAUUUUUAUAUCUUGCUUUUGUGUCGGAAAAAUUUAGAAUCGAAGUCUGAUAGGUUGCAUGGAACAGUUGCACAAAUGCAUUCAAAGGAUCUGCAAAAAACUAGGAUAUCAGUGAGAUUUUUAAUGCUAAUAGCAUGAUUCAUAAUCAAUGAAGAAGUCAUUUUAUUCGUCCAUCAAUGAAUUAGAGUUCUUCCCCUCCUGCUCUUACAAAUGCCUUAAAACCCAUGUAAAAUCUCUAAAGAAAAUUAUCGAAGUGUUAAGAAUUAUGGAUUCAUUUGCUCAAUUUUUCCAGCAUUAUUGGCAAGAUGUAGGUAAAAGCUAAAUGGAGGCAACAAGGAUCUUUCAGUAUUUUUUCUACAAAUUCAUUGAUUAAUUCGUGAUAAUGGUGUGGACUCAGCACCAUUUAUCCACCUUGUUAACUGGUAAAUAAAUUAUUCCAGAACGAUUCUUGAAAGUAGAAAUAAAGGAAUGAAUCUCACUCCUCUAUGAUUACGCAGCAUAGGUUUUUUUUAUUUGCACAAGAAAAUAUAACAUCGUACAAUACACACUUAUAGACUCAUGAGGACUUAUUUGUAACAAUAGCGGAUGUGAAAAAUUACCUUUUCGAAACACAUUCAAAAAACUGUUUUGGUAUCGAGAAAAUUUUGAGAAAAUACUUGAGAUGUGAUCUUCGAGAUCUGUACAUUAUGCCAGAGCCAAACAUAUUAAAGUUUUGUGUGAACAAAACAGUUUUUUAAGCGUGUUUUGAAAAGGUAAUUUUUCACAUCCGCUAUUGUUACAGAUAAGUCCUCAUAUGAUGUCUUUUAAAGCUUAAUUUAACUGUAAAAUACUCAACCAUUAUUUAUAUGCAUUUUAUCUUAUUUGCCACUGCCUCUAUGAAUUGAGGAGGAAGGUUAAGAUACAAAUUUAUUACUAAUGAGAAUGUCUGUUUGUUUUUACUUUCAAAGUCAUUUGUUUUAUUUAAGACUGCGGUUGACCGUCACCGGUCAAAGACCCAGGUAAACUUGUUUUAAGGGAAUAAUUUUGUGAAACCCUGAAUUCCAAGCUCAUAGGGUUGAUGUCACUUCAGCCUGCGACCGCAUCGGUCCCAUUCCAGGAGCACAAGCGCUUCUUGGUUGGAAUGACGAUGCAGUCUCAUUUCAUAUACAGAGUACAUCUUGAUGCUGUAAUUCUCCUUGAGUCGAUGUUGAGGUCAGUGCGAAUAUCCGCUUUUCUCUCAUACCAUUUUGCUUUAACAAUGCUGCGCAGGGUUUUCAUCUGCAUUACUUCAAUUUUAUCUAGAUUUGACUUGGAUGCACAACCCCACAAUUGGCAA